GGGGCGGGGGCGCGCGCUCGGCUCUUUAAAGGCGCGCGAGCCGAGCCGGGAAAGGUGGCUCCGCGGCCGCAGGCGCAGGCCCGGGCGGACCAGCGAGACGCGGGGCGCGCCGGCCCGUGGCAGCUCCGAGUCGCAACAUGCGCCGGUCGGUCUGGCUGGCGCUGGCCGCGUCGCUCUUGCACGGUAAAGCCGCCAGGUCUCCCCCCUCUACUCCUCCUCCGCGGGAUCCCGGGCGCAUUCCGGCGGCUCAGCGCCCCGCGCAGGGGCCAGUGUCCCUGCAAGGCGAGUUCCAGAGGAAGCUCUACAAGGAGCUGAUUAAGAACUACAACCCCUUGGAGAGGCCCGUGGCCAACGACUCGCAGCCACUCACCGUCUACUUCUCCCUGAGUCUUCUGCAGAUCAUGGACGUGGAUGAGAAGAACCAAGUUUUAACCACCAACAUUUGGCUGCAGAUGUCUUGGACAGAUCACUAUUUACAAUGGAAUAUGUCAGAAUAUCCGGGUGUGAAGACUGUCCGUUUCCCAGAUGGCCUGAUUUGGAAGCCAGACAUUCUUCUCUAUAACAGUGCUGAUGAGAGAUUCGAUGCCACAUUCCACACCAACGUGUUAGUUAAUUCUUCUGGGCAUUGCCAGUACCUCCCUCCAGGCAUAUUCAAGAGCUCCUGCUACAUUGACGUGCGCUGGUUCCCCUUCGAUGUGCAGCAGUGCAAACUGAAGUUUGGGUCCUGGUCCUAUGGAGGGUGGUCCUUGGAUCUACAGAUGCAAGAGGCAGAUAUCAGCGGCUAUAUCCCAAAUGGAGAAUGGGACCUUGUGGGAAUCCCAGGCAAGCGGAGUGAGAAGUUCUAUGAGUGCUGCAAAGAGCCCUACCCAGACGUUACCUUCACAGUGACCAUUCGCCGCAGGACCCUCUACUAUGGCCUCAACCUACUCAUCCCCUGUGUGCUCAUCUCUGCACUGGCCCUCCUCGUCUUCUUGCUUCCUGCAGAUUCAGGGGAGAAAAUUUCCCUGGGGAUAACAGUUUUACUCUCUCUUACUGUCUUCAUGUUGCUGGUGGCUGAGAUCAUGCCUGCGACAUCUGACUCGGUGCCCUUGAUAGCCCAGUACUUUGCCAGCACCAUGAUCAUCGUGGGCCUCUCCGUGGUCGUGACGGUGAUCGUGCUGCAGUACCACCACCAUGACCCCGACGGCGGCAAGAUGCCCAAGUGGACCAGAGUUAUCCUUCUGAACUGGUGCGCAUGGUUCCUGCGCAUGAAGAGGCCGGGGGAGGACAAGGUGAGGCCGGCUUGCCAGCACAAGCAGCGUCAGCGUCGCUGCAGCCUGGCCAGCGUGGAGAUGAGUGCGGUGGCCGGACCGCCCACCACCAAUGGCAACCUGCUCUACAUCGGCUUCCGCGGCCUGGAUGGGGUGCACUGUGCCCCCACCCCCGACUCGGGCGUCGUGUGUGGUCGCAUGGCCUGCUCCCCCACGCACGAUGAGCACCUCCUGCAUGGUGGGCAGUCCUCCGAGGGGGACCCGGAGCUGGCUAAGAUCCUGGAGGAGGUCCGCUACAUCGCCAACCGCUUCCGCUGCCAGGACGAGAGCGAGGCCAUCUGCAGUGAGUGGAAAUUCGCGGCGUGCGUGGUGGACCGCCUGUGUCUCAUGGCCUUCUCUGUCUUCACCAUCAUCUGCACCAUCGGCAUCCUGAUGUCAGCUCCAAACUUCGUCGAGGCUGUGUCGAAAGACUUCGCUUAACCUGGUCUUGGUCCCCAGCAUGUGGGAAGCGCACCGACAGGCGAUGCCGUUGGCUUGGGGAGAAUCUGGGGUGCUACACUAGACAUGGGGAUGCUGAUGUACCCAGAGCGCUCGCUGCCAGUCAUAUCCGUUAUAGUUUCCUUGUUACUUUGAAUAAUACAAUCUCAGCACGUUUUGUUGAACCCUCUCAGAUGGGCUGCUUGAUAUUCUUGGAACAUCCUUAGGGUCACUAGAACCACUGAAAGCUGUUUUUGCCCAUUCCCCAAUGCCUGGUGAGCCCUUCAGAGAGGUCAGGGUGGCUCCAGACCGCCAGGGGAGGCCUGUACAGUUGGUUUUGCAUGCCUGCAUGUCACUUGCCAGAAGGCCUAUUUGAAAAUUCAACAUAAGCUUUUGCCUGUUUACAAACCUCGAAGGAAAGUAACAAUAAUAGUAAUAAACCACCCUCUCUAGAUCCAUUCAGAUAAUUGGUUAAAAGGACACAAAACUAAAAGGAAAAACCUAACUGCUCGUUUUUCUGUGAUUCAGAUUUUAUUUUUCUCUGCCAUAGAUGGUAGAGAGAGACAAUUUUACACUGCUCCUGCAUUUUAUUAGAGAGAGAGAGGCAUAGUUGGUCUUUUAAAUUAUGCUUUUACAGUCUGAUUUUCUGCCAAGCUACCCUGUGGUGGGAAUCAGGAGGGACAUAGAUGUAUAUUGAUUCUGAACUAGGACCACACCUGGCCCAGUCAGGGGGAUGUCUGUAGAUACCAGGGGACUCCCAAACUUCCUAUGCUGCCCUCAGACAUUGGGGAGCUGAAUUUGCUCUAUUCUGAAAAACCCAAAGGGCAAAUAGAAUUCUGUUAAAAUUAUAAGCCCAAUGUAAUAGCUAAAGUUAAAUUAAGCCAGCUAUGUGUGUGUGUGUGUGUGUGUUUGUGUGUGUGUUUAUGUUUAAUAAUGCAUUAGAUGUUUCUCAUGUACUUGAGUUGAUUAGUCUUAGAAAAUUGUGGGUCUGUACAAAUGCACAAUAUAAAGUGAAAGUAUGCUAUGCCUUUCCUUAUGUGUCAAGGCCAAGGAGCAGGAUCUGGGACCUUUCUGGUUCCUUGUAUGGCAGGAACUGGGAAGCGAUGAUGUGGGCAGCAGCUUUCCUGGAGCAGUAACUCCAGUCUCUGGCUUUUAGGGAUCUGCUUUCGCACAGCUCAACAGCUCCAACGUUAGCCCAGAAAGGUAGCUUGAAAAGGUAGAUUCACUGAAGAUAAGCAUUUUGAAAGCAAAGGAAUCUUUCAUUUUAAACCUGUGUGGUGACAGAAUUCUCCAGUUACAUUAUCUAGCUGACAGUGGUCACUUUGACUCUUCCUAGUUUCCUUAUUUUUUAAUGCAAUCAGAAGGAGACACAACAAAAUCUCUCCUGCUCUGUUGUUUCAUCUAGAAACAGAUCAGAGCUCAAAACCGCAGAAGGCUUUGAGCUCCUGGAGAUCUUUAAUUUGCUUCUAACCCCUGAGAUGGGUGUAUUAUGAGGGAAGAUUAUGUUUUCAGAGAGAAAGAAAUUGCAUACCUUUCUCCGGCCAUUUAUUUCACUCAUUUCUGGGUAAUGCACAUGGAUUUGUUUGCACUGAGGAGAAUGGAGGCUUGGAUGUGCUCCGAGUGUGGGUGUGCAUGAGAGCUGAGUGUGCAGCUGCAGAGGGGCAAGCAGGUUGAUAAGUGAGGGCAUUCUAGCUAACGUCACGCCGUUUGGAGCAGGGUUGUCCUCAGAGUUCAGCCGUUCUACAUGGGAUGGAUGAACAACGCACAAUCUUUUCUUUCCUUUUUUUUUUUUUUUUUUCCUAUUGUAGACACAAGUAGAAGUGUUUUGAUAUAUAAGAGAAUGCUUCAUUUCUUAUUGCUACCUGAAAACCUCUGUAACACUUUUGCUUGGGAAAAAAAACCAACUGACUUUGAUUUUGUAUUUUAUACAGAAAAACAUUAAAAAAGCAAACAGAAGUAGUUUAUUUUUUGACCCUUGACCAGUACUCUGCCAUUUUAGAAAGUGAUAAUAAGGAAAAGAUGCACAUGUAGUAAGAAAAGCAUAAAUAGCUACAGGGACCAUUGGUGAAUGAGCUUCUGAGGACUGGGGGGCAUUUCCAGAAAGGAAGAAAAAGAAAGGGAGGGAGGCCGGGAGGGGGUGUAAGGGGGCUCAGAGAGACUCCUUUGCUACCCCCUCCUGCUAUGCACAGCACUCUGCACUUUGCUUUCUGUGAUUAGUGUUUUAUCCUUUCAUGGCAACAUAAAAAGAUCUACCUCAUUCUUCUUAAUAGCUGCUUAGCAUUCCAUUGUCUCGAUGGACUUUUUUUUUUUUUUUUGGUUAGUCUAUUAGUGAACAUAUAAUUUCCAGGAUUUUUUUAUUUUUAUAUACAAAUCUGUAAUGAACAUCCUUGAUUUAUACCUUAGCAUGCAUUUGUGACCAUAUCUUGGUAUAAAUGGGAAUGGUAUAAGUGGGAAAUGGAAUUGCUGGAUUCAAGGCUCUGCGCAUUUACCAUUCGGUAGAUAUUGAUAGAUUACCCCCCAAAUACCAAUCAAUGGAUAUACCUACCAAGAAUAUAAUGAAAAGGCUAGUUUCUCAACUUUCUCAGUACUGGGUAUCAUCAAACUUAAUAUAUUUUUUUCCAAUCUGGUGAAAAAUUAUAUUGCAAUGUUAUUCUGAUUUAGUUCAUUUUAUUAGGAAUAAAGUUGAGUAUCUUUCAGAUAUGUUUUAGACAUUUCAAUUUUUGUAAUUUAUGUCCUUUACAUAAUUUGGGGUUAUUUGGCUCUUUCUUAAUUAAUUUGCCUGUGUACUUUGGAACUUUCUUGUCUUCUAUCUUGAAAAUAUUUGUUUAGAAAAUAUUUUUAUUUAUUUUUGUCUUUUGAUGUUAUUUAUUGUUUUGUUUAUUUCUUAGCAUAAAGAAAGUUUAAACUUUUAUGUUGUCAACUUAUCCAUAUUUGCCUGGGUAGAUCCUGGGAUUUGUUUCCAGUUAUAAAAGGCCUUCCCCAUUCUGAGAUUAUAAAUAAAUUUACUCAUAUUUUCUUCUAAA